GUAUGAAAAAGUAAAGGGUAAAAGUGGUUUUUAAGGGGAAAAGAAAAGUUUAUUUGGGGACAAAGAAAAAAAGAAAUGGGAAAUUUAUUUAGGGAGGGAGGGAGUAUAAAAAGAAAUUAAAACCCCAAACCUGGCUUUGGAUACACGAGCAAAUUUCAGCCCGUUUUUUUCCUUCGGAGUUCAAUCCCCUUUUCAUCCUCUUCGGCUAGUCGGCUUCUCAAAUGUCAGUUGUAGCUCGACACGUAGUGCGGGGACCUGUAUUUUCAGACAUGGGGCCCAAUAGAUUGAAUUUCUUGGGUUGGCCUCUGCAGCUUUAACCUCGUAUCUGGUCAACCAUCAUCCGCGUAUCCUACCUGCCAUUUAUCCAAAAGUUUGGCAUGUCCUUUCUUCAUAAUUCAUCUUCUCGGAAGGAAUUUGCCAUGAAGUUUAUCUCAAUCUCUACCUACUUCUCAGUCUUCAAGAACCCCAACUUUCAAAUCAGCAAUAGUAUUUUCUUCUCCACGUCCUCGUCUUCGUCAUCAUCUGCUUCACAUCAAUUCGUGACCCAUUUGCAGAGUAAUGGGCCCAAAAUCGAGAAAUCCCUGAUCUCAGUUAAAGCCAAACUGGAUGCCACUUGUGUCACCCAAGUUCUCGAAAGGUUUUCAGUUGAAAACCCCCAAGUAGGCCUGAGAUUCUUCAUAUGGGCGGGUCUUCAACCUUCGUACAGACACUCAACACACAUGUAUAUCAAAGCUUGUAACUUGCUGAAGAUCAAUGAAAACCCUAAAAUUGUUACCGAUGCAAUUGAGGCUUAUGGGUCAGAUGAGGGAUGUGGAGUGAGUGUAAAAAUGUUCAGGGUUGUGUUCAAUUUGUGCAGAGAGGCUAAAGAUGCAGACUUGGGAUUGUGGGUGUUGAGGAAAAUGAAGGAAUACAAUUGUAGGCCCGACGUGAUUGCAUAUAAUGGAGUGAUUAGGUUGCUGUGUAAGAAAGGGGACAUGGAUGAGGCAAUGGAGUUGAUGAGAGAGAUGAGGUUAAUUGAUCUCUAUCCCGAUAUGGCCUCUUAUGUUAUGAUAAUCAAAGGGUUGUGUGACGUGGGCAGGUUGAAAGAGGCUUGUGGGAUGGUUAAGACGAUGAAGGGGCAUGAUUGCUUUCCCGGAACAGUGGUGUAUUCUGCUCUUCUUGAUGGGAUCUCAAGGUUCGGCGAUUUGGAGAGGGCAAUGGAGUUGUUGGAUGAAAUGGAGAAAGAAAGUGGCGACUGCAAACCAAAUGCUGUUACCUAUACCACGCUGAUUCAGGCGUUUGUUGAAAAGAGGGAUUCGUUAGAGGCAGUGGCUAUUCUAGACAAGAUGGCUGCUUUCGGGUGUAAGCCGAAUAGAGUGUUGAUGGCCACUCUGGUGCAGGGACUGUGCAUGGAUGGGCAUAUAGAGGAGGCUCAUAAGGUUGUGGACCGGGUUGGUGGGAAUGGUGGUAUUUCAAAUGACGAGUGCAACAGUUGUCUCGUGUUGUCUUUGUUCCGAGCGGGGAAGGUCAAGGAGGCAGAGGUUGUUUUUAGAAGAAUGUUAGCACGUGGUUUGAAGCCUGACACAAUUUCUUAUGAGACGAUGAUAAAAUGGAUGUGCUCUGAAGGAAAGAAUCUGGAUGUAUAGCCUUGAAUGUAGAAUCUCGUGCCAUUGUUUUCUCUAUGAUUGAAUUCUUAUGUUCUGAUGAAACAAGGCGGCAAACACGGGCUUUUCUGGAGUUGCCUAGCGAGGAGGCUUCUCCCGUGAUGAAGCCGAUGUUUCCACAAUCAAAUGUCAUCGUUUGAAAGGCUGCACCCCCGGGUUUGUGCCAUAUAGAAAUAAUUUUUGGGUUCCAAGAACUCGAUUUGUCUUCACAUCAAUAGACAAUUUACAUCCUCAAAAAGCUAGACCACUCUCACGCUUGGAGGAUUAGAGAUGUCAAAAGUUUUGGAUGGUCUUGAGGUUUGUUGAAAGCUUCAUAAAUGAGCAACAAAGCUUCAUGUAUAUC